AUGCCCAAAGUACUGCUGCUCUUGCUAAUAUUCUUAAAGCUGAGCACAUUGGAUGCCCGGCAGAUCGGCAAAUGCAGUUUGGCCAGGAAACUCUAUCGUUACGGCGUACCGUAUAACGAGCUUGCAGAUUGGCUGUGCCUUGUCGAAGGUGAAAGCUCAUUUGACACCAAGGCCGUCAAUCCGUCGAAUGCAGAUGGCUCUGUGGACUGGGGAUUGUUUCAAAUCAAUGAUCGCUACUGGUGCAAGCCGUCGGAUGGACGUCCAUCCAGCGAUUCGUGUCGCUUGCCAUGUCGCCUGCUGUUAAGUGAUGACAUAAGGUAUUCCAUUGCCUGCGCCAAGUAUAUAAGAAAAGAACAAGGUUUCAGCGCCUGGGUUGCAUGGAAUAAUCGCUGCCAAGGUGAAAAGCCAAGUGUGCGGCAUUGCUUUAAGCAUAGUAAUAGAUAUAUUGGUUAAAAUGAACGCUGAUAUGCAAGUGAAAAAGAAAGUCUGUGUUUGUAUGCAGUUUAAUGUAUUUUGGCUUGAACCAAGGAUUCAAACCAAGGCGCGCAAACAGUGUUGGCUAAUACGUUUGGAAUAGCUGGCAGCGACUGUAGUCACUGUCACUGAA